UUUAGUACAACUAAAUUACCAAAGACAGGCUGGAUGUGCGGAUGGUCCUUGAGUAUGACGUAAGUUAAGAGCUAUGCAGGAUCAGAGUUGUGAGAACUGUUAGAAACUUCGCCAUUCCCAGACCUAGUAUAUUUUUCGUUUUAAUCUGGCGCCUGACCGUGCAAAUUAUGUAUCCAUACGGAUACAUGGACUGUUCGCUGCAGGAUGCCUUGGAUAAUGAGCACCUGAUAUGGAACAAGGGAGAUCGCUUGGAAAACCAGAUGAUGAUGCUGAUAAGGGAAUCCAUUCGCACCACGCUGCUGCUCGUGAUGAUGAUGGAGGUGAUGCAGACGAUGAACGCAGCCGUGAAUAUUCCGAUCCCGAUGGUCAUGGCCGCCAGAUUUUAGUCUCCGAUCUGAACUCUGUCCCUGCUUAUUGCUAUAGAAGCUAUAGAUGUAGCUCCAGUCGUUUAUGGCCCCAUCAAAACAACAGUGCUCAAAUAAUUUCGUCUUGGGGUAGGACCGCCAUUGUGCCAACGUUCGUCGACUUUGUCGUUGUCGCCGCUGCCCAUUUAAUCAGUACAUUUUAUUUUUAAAAAUGUUAUUAAACAAUAUUUGCCUUAGCAAAAGCCCGACGCUCGCAGAGCAAUAAACUUUUCAGCACUUGAGCCGUUCGCUUGACUAAAUGACUGAUUGACUGACCGACUGAUUGACUGACUGCCUGACUGAUUGACCGAACGACUGACG